AUGCCUUUCGUGAUACAUGCACCUCGCUUACACCAACGCCUGAUCAAGAUGUGGGAGUCCACCCAGGUGGAAUUGAAUGGGAGCUACUCGUCCGAACGCGUUAGUGACCUCGCCCAGUACUCUCGAGAGACCAGUUGGUUCCACGUCCUCGCUGUCAUCUUCCUGACACCGCUGCCGUGUCUACUAGUGACCGUCGUGAUCGACGCUUUGCCUCUUGCAGACCCAUCCGAGGGAGUCUACGCCAACGUCGUCUUCUGGGUCCGUGAAUACUACACGUUUCUAGUCAUCACCUUCCUGGCCACGGAGCAGUUCCGCUACAGCGUCCCCAUCCUUCCGUACCCGCUCAAGCGCGCGAUCGUAAGCACCGCAGUCGCGGCAGCUCUCAGUGUCGGAUUAAUGUUCGGCCUCACUGUGCUCAUCGGCUUCCCGCUACCGUUCUCAAUUCUGUUCGUGACGCCCCCGUGGCUUUCGUUUAUCGCUUUCUUCUUAGUUAUUGAAUGGGCGAAAAAGAUUCGAGAGACGCCAGGUUCAGCGUCAAUGCUGAUCAACGUCAUCAAGCUGUGGAUGUGCCAGGUUUUGAUGGUGUUUAUCUACCCUCCGUACUACUUCAUCUUUACGACGUUGUCUCCCAGUGGCCAGACUGCGUUCUCGAUGCUAUUGCCAGUGAUCAAGCUGGUCAUGCGCAACAUCUUCGUGCGGACCGUUGUUCAUUUGAGCGACGAGCUGCCCGAAGUCAUCACGUUCAACAUCGAGAUCUACAACGCGCUCUUCAUCUCGUACUGCAUGCAGGACUCUCCGUCUUUUGGAACGACUUUG